AGAGAUGAAGUAUUCAUCACUUCAAAACUAUGGCCAUCUGAUGCUCACCCUAACCUUGUUCUUCCAGCUCUCAAGACCUCACUGCAGAAGUUGGGCUUGGAGUAUGCAGAUCUGUAUUUCAUUCAUUGGCCAGUGAGGUUGAAACCUGAAGCCAGAGGGCCAGCUGAUAUGUUAAAGGAGAAUAUGAUGCCCUCCUUUGACAUGAAAGGAAUAUGAGAAGCUAUGGAAGAAUGUUGCAGAUUAGGCUUAGCAAAGUUUGUUGGUGUCAGCAACUUUGGCAUAAAAAAGCUCAACCAGCUCUUGGAAAAUGCAACCAUUCCUCCUACUGUCAAUCAGGUAUGAAGAUUUAGCAACUACAUGCAGAUUGACAUUUAAACAGUGA